UUGAGCACAUCAGCAUGCUGGUCAUCCUCUUGAACUGCGUCACCCUCGGGAUGUUCCAGCCGUGCCAGGACAGCAGCACGUGCCAGUCGGAGAGGUGCACCAUCUUGGAGGCAUUCGACCAUUUCAUCUUUGCCUUCUUUGCCGUGGAGAUGGUCAUCAAGAUGGUUGCGCUGGGGAUCUUUGGGCAGAAGUGCUACCUGGGGGACACUUGGAACCGCCUGGACUUCUUCAUCGUCAUUGCUGGUAUGAUGGAAUAUUCUCUGGAUGGCCACAACGUCAGCUUAUCCGCCAUACGUACUGUCCGCGUCCUCAGGCCUUUACGAGCCAUUAACAGGGUGCCAAGUAUGCGAAUACUCGUCACCCUGCUGCUAGAUACUCUGCCUAUGUUAGGCAACGUUCUUCUCUUAUGCUUCUUCGUCUUUUUCAUCUUUGGGAUCGUCGGUGUGCAGCUCUGGGCUGGACUGCUGAGGAAUCGAUGCUUCCUGGACACUCAUUUUCAAAUGACAUACAACUUGACUUUCCUGCAGCCAUAUUACCGGACGGAGGAAGGGGAUGACAACCCAUUCAUCUGUUCAUCCCACCGGGACAACGGCAUGCAGAAAUGUUCCAACAUCCCCAACCGGAAGGAGUAUAAGAUGGAAUGUACUUUGAGCAUGGACUCGUAUAACCCCAAUACGCAUACGCUGGAUUUCAGCCACCGGAACUCCUGCAUAAACUGGAACCAGUAUUACAAUAUCUGCAGGGCGGGGGAUUUCAACCCGCACAAUGGAGCUAUUAAUUUUGAUAAUAUUGGCUAUGCUUGGAUAGCUAUUUUUCAGGUUAUUACCCUGGAAGGAUGGGUCGACAUCAUGUAUUAUGUCAUGGACGCGCACUCUUUCUACAAUUUUAUAUAUUUUAUACUGCUUAUAAUAGUCGGUUCUUUCUUCAUGAUUAACUUGUGCCUAGUUGUGAUAGCAACACAGUUUUCUGAAACAAAACAGCGGGAGAACCAGCUGAUGCAAGAGCAGCGGGCCCGUUACCUCUCAAACGACAGCACAAUCGCCAGCUUCUCCGAGCCGGGGAGCUGCUACGAGGAACUCCUCAAGUACAUUUGUCACAUUUUCAGGAAAGUCAAACGGCGGACGUUGCGCCUCUACAGCAACUGGCAGACCAAGCGGCGGAAAAAGGUCGACCCGGACAGCGGCGCCAACGGGGAAGGCAGCCGGAGCAAAAAGCGCAUCACGUCCAUCCACCACCUGAUCCACCACCAUCACCACCACCACCACCACCACUACCACAUCAGCAACGGCAGCCCCCAAGGGCCGCGCUCCAACCCGGAGAUCUGCGACCUGGAGUUGAAGGUCAUGAAACCCGGAAGCCAACUCAUGCUCCCGCCAUCGUCCCCCAACAUCCGGAGCACCCCGACGCCGGACACGGAGUCCGUCCACAGCAUUUACCACGCAGACUGCCACGUGGAAGGGGCCCAGGUGAAAUGCAAGUCUUCCAACGUCUCGGCAAGCGUCAAGCUCGCCAACCGCGGCAACAUGAACUACCCCACCAUCUUGCCUUCUCCGGCUAGCAGGGGGGUGGCCCCACCGGUGUCAAAAGGGAAGAAGAACAGCAGCAGCGACAGUGGCACUCCUGCGACCAGGGUCAACAGCCCGGUUCGUCUGAAUGUGGAUUCUUACGGGAAGCUCCAUCAUUUGAUAGGAGAACAUGGUCUUUGCCGGACGUCCAGCCGGCUGUCUGGUUUGAAUGUCCCGUGCUCCUUGCCCAGCCCACAGGCCAGCAUAUUGAACUGCGAGCUGCAGAACUGCCCGUACUGCGCCAGCAUCUUGGAGGACCCCGAGUUCGAGUUCAGCGAGUCAGACAGCUACAACUCCGAUGACGACAACACGGGGGUCUACGAGUUCACCCAGGACGUAAAGCACGGGGAUCAGCGGGACCAGAUCCAGCAGCAGAGGACCAAAAAGAAGAAGAAGAAGAAGAAGAAACCGAAGGAGAGGAACAGGGUCUCUCGGCUUUGGAAGGCCUUUGGCAACAAGCUGAAGAGGAUUGUGGAGAGCAAGUACUUCAACCGCGGGAUCAUGAUCGCCAUCUUGAUCAACACCUUGAGCAUGGGGAUUGAGUAUCACGAGCAGCCGGACGAGUUGACCAACGCUCUGGAGAUCAGCAACAUCGUCUUCACCAGCAUGUUUGCACUCGAGAUGCUCCUCAAGCUGUUGGCCUUUGGCAUCUGGGGCUACAUCAAGAACCCCUACAACAUUUUCGAUGGCAUCAUCGUUGUGAUCAGCGUCUGGGAGAUCAUCGGCCAAUCGGACGGAGGCCUUUCCGUGCUGAGAACCUUCCGGCUCCUCAGGGUCCUAAAGCUGGUGCGGUUCAUGCCGGCUCUCCGGCGCCAGCUUGUGGUUCUGAUGAAGACGAUGGACAACGUGGCCACCUUCUGCAUGCUGCUGAUGCUCUUCAUCUUCAUCUUCAGCAUUCUUGGCAUGCAUCUUUUUGGGUGCAAGUUCGGCUUGAAAACAGAUACGGGGGACACCAUCCCGGACAGAAAGAACUUUGAUUCCUUGCUCUGGGCAAUCGUCACUGUCUUUCAGAUCCUCACCCAAGAAGACUGGAACGUGGUCCUGUAUAAUGGGAUGGCCUCCACCUCUUCCUGGGCAGCCCUCUACUUCGUGGCCCUCAUGACCUUCGGCAACUAUGUGCUCUUCAACCUCCUGGUCGCCAUUUUGGUGGAAGGUUUCCAAGCGGAGGGUGACGCCAACCGGUCGGACACGGACGACGACAAAACCUCGACCAAUUUCGAAGACGAUUUUGAGAAGUUGAAGGAGCUACGAGCUGCUGAGAUGAAGAUGUACUCGCUGGCGGUCACCCCCAACGGCCACCUGGAGGGCAAAGGAAGCAUGCCCCCUCCGAUCAUAAUGCGCACCGCUGCCACGCCCAUGCCCACCCCGAAAUGCUCCCCGCACAUGGACUCCGUUCACCCCUUCGUGGAUUCCAGAAGGGGGAGCAACACUUCUCUGGACCCACUGGGCUUCGAUCAAAAGUCCCUGUCCAGCCUCCGCAGUACCCCUUGUGCAAACUGGGGUGCCGGCAGCAACUGGGGCAGUCGCCGGUCCAGCUGGAACAGUUUGGGGCGGGCCCCGAGCCUCAAGAAGAAAAGCCAGUCCGGGGAGCGUGAGUCCCUGCUCUCCAGCGAAGGGAAAGGAAGCACCGACGACGAAACGGAGGACACCAAACUCAGCGCCGUCAGCCGACCCCCUUCGCACCGCCGGGCGGAGUCGCUGGAUUGCCGGGGGGGCCUGGACUUGCCGGAGCUGCUUCAAGUGCCCGGCAUGCGCCAUUCCUUGAGCGUCAGCCCCGUGGCCAUGGUGCCCGCCGAGUACCAGGACUGCAAUGGCAAGAUGGUCCACGUGCCCAGUGAGUUCUACCUGCACAUGGACAGCCACAAGGAGGAUCCCCUGGACUACGAUGAUGACCUGGAGGAUAGUUACUGCUACCGGGUUCGGAAGGUUCUGGAGCCCUUGAAACCCAAGUGGUGCAAGACGCAUGAAGACUGGGCGCUCUACCUGUUUUCACCACAGAAUCGGCUUCGGGCCACGUGCCAGAAGGUGAUCGCUCACAAGAUGUUUGACCACGUGGUCCUGGUGUUCAUCUUCCUGAACUGCAUCACCAUCGCCUUGGAGAGGCCGGAUAUCGAUCCCAACAGUACGGAGCGGAUCUUCCUGAGCGUCUCCAACUACAUCUUCACGGCCAUCUUUGUGGUCGAGAUGAUGGUGAAGGUAAGCCAGUCGUAUGACCUUCUGUCGCUCCGACAAGGGGGCUAACUGCCCUCUACGUCUUCCGGGGGAAAUGCUCUGGUGGGNNNNCUCGUCUUCGUCUCCAUCAUUGACAUAAUUGUUUCCAUGGCGUCUGCAGGUGGAGCAAAGAUCUUGGGCAUCCUUCGUGUCCUCAGGCUGCUGCGCACCUUGAGGCCUUUAAGAGUUAUUAGCAGAGCUCCAGGGCUGAAACUCGUCGUGGAGACGCUGAUAUUCCUCCGGCCUAUCGGCAACAUUGUGCUCAUUUGUUGUGCGUUUUUCAUCAUUUUCGGCCCCGCCCCAAUCCAGCUCUUCAAAGGCAAAUUCUACCACUGCGAAGGGCCUGACAUCCGGAACAUCUCCACGACGGACUGCAUCCACGCCCACUAUAAAUGGGUCAGGCGGAAGUACAACUUUGACAAUUUGGGGCAGGCCCUGAUGUCUUUGUUCGUUCUGUCCUCCAAAGACGGCUGGGUGAACAUCAUGUACGAUGGCUUGGAUGCAGUGGGCAUCGAUCAGCAGCCCAGCCAGAACCAUAACCCGUGGAUGCUGCUCUACUUCAUCUCCUUUCUCCUGAUCGUCAGCUUCUUCGUGCUCAAUAUGUUCGUCGGGGUGGUGGUGGAGAACUUCCACAAGUGCCGGCAGCACCAGGAGGCCGAAGAGGCCCGCCGGCGGGAGGAGAAGCGGCUGCGUCGGCUGGAGAAAAAGCGUAGGAGUAAGGAGAUAUACAUGUCUGAAGCUCAGAGACGGCCAUACUAUGCAGACUACUCAAUGCUGAGGAAACACAUCCACACUCUCUGCACAAGUCACUAUUUGGAUCUUUUCAUCACUUUUAUCAUUGGAGUCAAUGUCAUCACUAUGUCCAUGGAACACUUCAAUCAACCGAAGUCGUUGGAUGAAGCGUUGAAAUAUUGCAACUACAUCUUUACCAUUGUGUUCGUGGUUGAAGCCGUGUUGAAGCUGGUGGCUUUUGGACUGCGGAGAUUCUUCAAAGAUAGGUGGAACCAGCUAGAUCUGGCCAUCGUCCUGCUUUCCAUCAUGGGCAUCACCUUGGAGGAGAUUGAGAUGAACGCUGCCCUCCCCAUCAACCCCACCAUCAUCCGCAUCAUGCGGGUUCUCCGGAUCGCGAGAGUACUGAAGCUGCUCAAGAUGGCGACGGGGAUGCGGGCCCUGCUCGACACGGUGGUCCAAGCUCUGCCGCAGGUCGGCAACCUGGGUCUGCUCUUCAUGCUCCUGUUUUUCAUCUACGCAGCCCUGGGAGUGGAGUUAUUUGGGAAGUUAGACUGCAGUGAGGAGAACCCCUGUGAAGGCCUGAGCCGCCACGCAACCUUCAACAACUUCGGGAUGGCUUUCCUCACCCUCUUCAGGGUGUCAACCGGGGACAACUGGAAUGGGAUCAUGAAGGACACCCUGCGGGAAUGCCACCGUGACGACAAACACUGCCUCACCUACCUGCCCAUCAUCUCCCCCGUCUAUUUCGUCACCUUCGUCCUCAUCGCCCAGUUUGUCUUGGUCAACGUGGUGGUGGCCGUCCUCAUGAAGCAUUUGGAGGAGAGCAAUAAAGAAGCCAAGGAGGACGCCGAGAUGGAUGCGGAGAUCGAGCUGGAGAUGUCCCGGGGGGCCAGCACCCCGGUCCGAACCCCGGAUGGGGGAGGACCCCUGGGCAGUCAUGACAUUUCCAAGCCAGGCUCACCCUUCCUGGUGAAGCACCAAGCCCUGGAGGUUCUGAGCUGUGAGAAUGUGUCUUUAGCCAUCCCCGACAUAGACCUGCUGGAGGGAGGGACGAAUCCCUUGAUGGAGUUUGCAUCUUUCUAUCCUUCUCCUCACCGCUCUGCCCCAACACCUUUCCACAGUGCCCCAGGCGGGGAGGCCAAGGUGACUGAAGCUGUCACCAGCCUCAGGCCCAGCAGGGAUCCCCAGAAGCUUCUCAUGGUCCGCAAGAUCUCCGUGGCCAGGAUGCAUUCCUUACCCAAUGACAGCUACAUGUUCCGGCCGGUGAUCCCAGCCAAAGCCCCGUACCCGCUCCAGGAGGUGGAGCUGGAGGCCUACCUGCACAAGUCGCCCAGAGGAUCCAUCACUUCCAUCCGUUCCCAGCCUGUGGAGACGUGCUCCUCUCUGACCGUUCCCAGGGAGACCCUUCGCCCGACAACCCCACCUCCGCACCACAACGCGGGGGCCCUGUGGAAGCUUCACCCCCCACAUGCCGCAUCUCGCUCCCCCAGUCUCAACAGGCUGCUGUGUAGACAGGAAGCCGUCCAAAGGGAUUCUUUGGAUGGUCAGAACGCAGACCCCAAUGGGAGCAAGACAGCGGAGACCUGCGAGAACCCACCUACCCGGAAGCUGUCCCAGAGCACCCUGGGCCCACCUCUGUUCCCUCCGCCCCCUGUGUCCCUGCCUGGGGCGUCUCCGCUCCCCCCUGCUUCACCCCACAGGCCCACGAGCAUCAGUACCCACAAGCACACCUUCCAUCAGCAUAGCAUCCCCAGCCGGCCUUCCAGUCGCAACAGCAACUCCGACAGUCUCCUCUUCGAGUCCUCUGACUUGGCCGACGAAGAGGUCAGUCACAUCAACAGCUCCGCGAGAGAGUGGGCCCACCGGCAAGACAGCGGGGACCUCUCGGACUCCCCUUUCCUCUCGCCCCCCGUGUCCCCUUUCCCCCCGAAGAAUGGCAGUACCACCAGCCUGACGGGGGGGAACGUCAAAGAGAAAGACUUGAAGAAGUUCUACAGCGUGGACACGCGCGGGUUCUUGGCCAAGCCGUGCUGGGCAGAUGAACAAAGACGGCACUCCAUCGAGAUCUGCCCGUCCAUCACCGACGGCGAGCGUGGCUUCACAGAGUCCACCGAGGAGAGGAAGCGGGUUCCUCUCCACGUCGAGUCCGAGUACAUCCACGGGGUGCGGCGGAAGAAGAAAAUGAGCCCCCCUUGCAUUUCUAUAGAUCCUCCCAUGGAGGAAGAAAGCAAUGCAUCCGCGCGAACCAAAGCAUCCGAGAACAGCUUGCUGAGGAGAAGGACGCCAUCUUGCGAGUCCACCGCUUACAGGGACUCUUUGGAGCUUGCUGACAACCAGCCUGGAGAGCAGGCCGCCAAGGUGGAACGCCGCCCUCCCCCAAUCUGCCGAGGGGAGCACCUGACAAUCCCAAACUUCUCCUACGAACAGGCCGAUGUCAGCUCGGCCGGCAGCCUCUCAGACCGCCUCUCGGACAGUGGCCUGGUGGUUCUCCCCUCGGCGGAUACCCCAUCUGAAAACGCCACGGCCCCCGAGCCGAAAAAGAUGGACCAUUUGAAAACUCAAAGCACCGACCCUGAGAGAAACCGAGAACUUCUCGGUGGGACAAAAAGCCCCCUACGGAAACACGGGCCGGUCCCCACAGUCCCUCUGACAGAUGAACCCGUUGACGAACCGGUAUAGCUUCCAAGGGGGGGAGGUCUAGCGAGAGCAUUUAAGGGCUUGCCACCAAAGGUGGAAAACGAUUGAAAAGCCAGAAUUCCGUGGCUGAUUCCAAAACGUUUCUUCAAAGCGCUGUGAAGGUUUUGUUGUUGGGGGUUUGGUUUUUUUGUUUUUUUUUUUAAAAAACAAAAAAGAAUCAAAGAGAAGCUGGUUUUGAAAACAGCACCACGGUUCAGGGUAAAAGAAAGGGGAAUAUUUUCCUUUCUGUGCAGUACACGGAGUACCUUUUCCCAGUGUUCUUUUCCCUCCCCCCUUUCCCUUCCUUCUGGCGUGGCCUGGAUCACAUUGAUUUGGGUUUCGGGCCUUUGUUUUAUCUUUUUUAAAGAAACAAAAAAAAAAAAUAGGAUUUUAAAAAAAAAAACUUUUUUUGACUUUUCAAAAAAAGGCACUUUUUAUUAAUUGCACGGGAGUUGUCACGGAAAGCUGAAGUGCCCAGGAAAAAAUGGAAUUUGUAUAUUGUCUGUAUAUCAGCAGUUAUUAUAAAUAGAAAAAAUAAUGUAUUUGAGAAAUAAAAAGAGGAAAAAAAAUAACAUAAAAAGCCACACACACACAGCACCACACCACACAACACCCACAAACACACAUGCUCACAAGUAUUCACAUGGAAGCUCUUUUCUUCAUCAUGCACAUGUUUUUUAUAAAAAGCAAUGACUCCGAUCCAGGAGCCAUUGGUUGCACCUAAGUCCUCUUGAAAUCCCAUGAUAAAAGCUCCAUUUUUGGAUCCCCUGCUGUUGUUUGGUCAGGCUUGCAAUUCAAUCCCGCGCAGGUUUACUCAGACGUUAGUCCGGCGGCCCCAAUCCAACCGAAGUUAAGAGCUUCCCACCUCUCUAAAACCCACGGGGCUUAACUUAGCGACUUGCCACUUAACUUGUCCCAUGGAGUAGAGCGCUGAUCGUUUUUACUGGAUAGAAGCCCCCUCAGUGAGUUUUGCAUUUGGUCUCACCAGGGUCUUUAGAACUGCAGUCUCCGUCGCAACGAUUUUCAAAUGGAUUGGGGCCUGUUUUAUCCCUUACCCUUCAAUAGAAUUUUUUAAAAAAAAAAAUUGCAUUAACCAACAGAAGUUUUUUCAACUGGAUGGAGUAAUGUUAGAUUUUUUAAGUGGAACUGUAAUAGCAAAAGCUUGCUGUUAUGUUUUGGACAUUUUUCUCUUUUUUUGCCCCCAACAAAGACCUUAAGCGUAUUCCCACA